GGAACUUCCGGGGACGCUAGGCGCGUGUUCAUGUUUCUUGCAGUCAUAACCGGUUUCUAAGCACUGCUGCUGAUUUCCAGUCUGCUAACCAUGUCUACCCAGGAGGUGCGCCUGAACCACACCAUUUACAUCAACAACCUGAAUGAGAAAAUCAAAAAAGAUGAACUCAAGAAGUCACUUUAUGCCAUUUUCUCCCAGUUUGGCCAGAUCCUGGACAUCCUGGUAUCUCGGACACUUAAAAUGAGGGGUCAGGCCUUUGUCAUCUUCAAAGAGGUCAAUAGUGCCUCCAACGCUCUGAGGUCCAUGCAGGGCUUUCCAUUUUAUGAUAAACCUAUGCGAAUUCAGUAUGCCAAGCAAGACUCGGACAUUAUUGCCAAGAUGAAGGGCACAUAUGUGGAGCGUGAUCGCAAAAAGGAGAAAAAGAAGCCUAAAACUGCAGAAUCAGGAGGGUCGAAGAAGGCUGCUGCUGCUGCUCCGGGCAUGGCUGGAGUUCCUGGCGCUAUUCCUGGAAUGCCUCCUAUGAGUCAAGCUCCUCGUUUGAUGCCAAUGCCUGGUCAGCCUCCUUAUAUGCCACCUCCUGGUAUGAUGCCACCCCCUGGUAUGGGCCCUGGACAGAUGCCACCAGGUCAGAUGAUGCCUGGGCAAAUGCCUGGACAGAUGCCUCAGCAGGUCUCGGAGAACCCGCCUAAUCACAUCCUGUUCCUCACCAACUUGCCAGAAGAGACCAAUGAGCUCAUGCUGUCCAUGCUGUUUAACCAGUUCCCAGGGUUCAAAGAGGUGCGUCUUGUUCCAGGCCGGCACGACAUCGCCUUUGUGGAGUUUGACAAUGAAGUGCAAGCUGGUGCAGCCAGAGAAGCGUUACAGGGCUUCAAGAUCACGCAGACUAACGCUAUGAAGAUCUCGUUUGCCAAGAAAUAACCAACCUCUUACAUUAUGUAUGCAUUUCCAAAGGAAAAUCUAUAGAAGAGUGUCCUGCUCACUACAUCCUUCUAAAGUUAUCUUUGAGGGCAAGGUAAAUCUGGUAAUGUAUGAUGGACAUGUUCGUUAUCUGUGAGUGUACAAGAUGGACAUUAUUUUAUAUAACGUGGUCAGGUUUUUUUUUUUUUUUUUUUUUUUAAAUCCCUUUCUGAAGAGGAUGAGCCUGGUGAUUGUAAGUAGUUUGCUUUUUUUUUAUUUUAUUUUUUUUAUAUAUACCCUCUCCUUGACUUUUUUGUUGAAAAGCAUUGCACCCAGGGUCUGGUCACCCAGACAUUGUACCUGGAGCUUUCUUACUUGAAAUAAAACGUUUUUUUAAACAAG